CAUACACAAAUAUUUAAUAUAUUUAAUGAACAGUAGAUUACUGUGUUUCGAAAAUGACUCCAAAAUUAUACAAAACUGACCUUAGUCCACCUGUUAGAGCUGUGUUACUUUGCGCAAAACACAUAGGAUUGGAUUUAGAGCUAAUCGAUAUUGACUUGGUUGCAAAGGCUGAACAGUAUCAACCGCAUUUUCUGAAGAUAAAUCCACAGCAUACAGUACCAGUUUUAGACGACGAUGGAUUUAUACUGGUUGAUAGUCACGCAAUAAUGGUUUACCUAGUACAAAAAUAUGCAAAAAAUUCAGCGAUACUCCCACAAAAUAUACAAAAGGCAGCUAUUGUCAAUCACAGGUUACAUUUUGACACUGGAACCUUGUUUGCAAGAGGACUUAACAUAAGUAAACUGAUCAUACGCGAAGGAGUAAAGGAUGUCCCACAAAAAUAUAUUGACGGUCUAGAAGAAGCCUUCGGUAUAGUUGAAAAAUUUUUAGAACAAAAUUCUUGGAUAGCCGGAGAUGAGAUGACUAUUGCAGAUUUUAGUAUCGCAACCAGCCUUACCACUUGGUCAUAUUUCUUGCCAAUCACGGAAGAAAAAUAUCCAAGAAUAUCUAAAUGGUUGAAAAAAUUAGAGGCAUUGCCAUAUUUUCAAGAAAUUAAUCCUAAAGGAAUAAACGAUUAUAUUAAUUUGAUAAAAUCCGUAUUGAAUAAAUAGAUGUUGUUUUUGAUAUGAAUUAAUUGUGAAUUAAAGUAAUAAAUAUUCAUUAUUAAUUAAGUGAUUGUUUG